AUGACCUCCGAUAAACAAAACAAUGGCUAUCCCGCCAAACCGUUUACACCCACGCUCAGUGCAGCUUUCCACCGUUCAAGCAAAGCUCCUUUAACACCGAAGCUUGCAAGCCCCAGUCCGGGUAAUCCUGUUGCUCGUCGACUCGCCCAUCCCGACCAGACUCAUCCCUAUUCCACUCCCUCCAAGGAGGACGUCCCUCCCGUCCCUGCCGUGACUCCGAGCUUCUUAAGUGCCAACGUCACACCACGUUCAGGCUCUCGCAGCACUCGCCGCGAUGUCGGCUUCUCUUCCCCUUCAAAUACUCCUGUCCCCUCGCCGCAAGCUCCAUACAUACAGCAGAACGUUGGUCUCAGGGCUGAACGCCGCACGGCGAACGGAGCGCAGCCCGGCUCGAGGGGUGAAGCCGGAACAACCCCGGAGCCUGAGAGCAAAGACACUCGGGUCCGAUGGACCUCAGAUGCACGAUCAUCCAAUUCUUCUGAUGCCGAACUUCCCCGACCGAAGCAGGGGAGGAUGUCCCCGGCCUCGAGCUUCCUGUAUGCAAAUGGAGAUCAAGAAAGAUACUCUUCCACAGACGAAUCUCAGAUCUCCGCUGCUCCAGCACGUCGAGCGGGAACGCUCCCUCGCGCUGCACCCACCACCCGACCCGGUACUUUACCAUCCCAGCGCUUGAAAUCCCCACGAGUAUCAGACGCAACCGCUCCUCCGAUCCUAGAAUCCCAUUCCACCCAGGGUCCGAGUUCAGAAAAAGGCAUCGAAAAUGUACUUCAUCGCUACGGGUCGCCUCCAAGUACCAUAUCAGAAAGACCACCACUGCUUACCAUUGGAAAACAUCGAAAGUCGUCCAGCGUCGAUUCCAAUAAUCAAUCGAUACACCCACGAGAUGCUCUUCGUGCCAGUCCAGUUAUAAUUCCAAAUAACACUCGCACUGAUGCUCCCGCUCUUAUGCCUAUACUCACUGAUCAAGUCCCGAAUCUACGACCCCGUGUAUUCAGCAACGGCUCUUCUGUCUCUACAGACACCCAUCAACAGAUACCUAUGAGCCCAGGUAAAUCUGAUAGUGGAGAUGGGGCCCUGAAUGCUAGGACAGAACGAAAAAUUCUAGACUUGGAGAUCAGCAACUCUUCGCUGCUUGCCAUCAAUCGAACCCUGGAGCGAGAAAUGCGCAAACAAAACGCGGAGUUGCGCCGGUUUCGACGGCUGAGCCGCUCUGGUCGACUUUCCAUGGCUCCUUCAACUCGCUCAUUUUCUGGCACCGCCUUGUCCAUAACAAGCGAAGCGGAGGAGGAUGCCAGUGCCAGUGACCAUUCCUCUGCACCAUCUGAUGAUAUGUCCGAUUUCAAUGAUGAGGAUUCCGUCCCAGAAGGUGUUCUCAGCCCUGAUACUCUUGCUGAGCAUGAUGCCAAACAUCGGGCUCAUGAUGAAAAACGCUUCAUGAUUGAUCUUGCCAACCAUCAAAACCUUCUCGUGGAAAGCCAGAAGAUGAACCAAAGUCUCAAAAAGUGCCUCAUUAGGACAGAAGAGCUUAUCAAAGCCGGUCGCAAAGCCCUCGAGUAUAACGUUCAUGUUCAAGAUAUCGAAUUGGGUGGACGUGUCUUAUGCCCCGAAGAGCUUGAUGAUAUGGGCGAAAAUAGACGGGGCCUUCUCAGUCCAUCUACAGACUAUAGCUCUUUCAUGCCCUCGCCCAGUAUAUCAUUCGAUGACAGUGAAUUCACUGAGGCAGCUUCCUUUCCUCUACCCUCGUCUCCUGGUGGGACGGAUUAA